CCAGGCACACAUGUCCAACCGGAACCGGCCCAGACGCAUGUCCAGCCGCAGCCGUCGCCGGAACCAAUAAUCUCCUCCUGUCUGCCGCCUCCUUCCCCAGCUCUGGCCAGCCGGUGCUCGAUCUCUCAACUCUGGCUGCCGGUGCCAGUGGGAACCGACGGUGGAUAGGGUCUGCAACUGUGCACGUGUCUUAUGGCUUUCUUCUGUCCGAUCCGAUUAAUGGCUUUCGAUGCCUGCAGCCGGCUGCCGGUAAUUUCAAUACUACUAGUGCUUAAUUAACACAUUAGUUAAGUUGGAUGGCUUCUUUUUAGUAGCUUUUCGUAACUUUCCAUGUGCAUACAUGUUCUUGUUUGUGUCAGUUUUGAUCGAUUGAUUCAUCACAGACGCAAGCUUUAUUAAUGUGUCAAUCACCUCUAGUUUUGUAUUUGUUCUUGACUUCUUGCUCUGAGUCCUAUACAUGCUAAUAUGCAUGGCAUGUAGAACCUACCGAACUUCCAUCACCCGACCACUAAUUUCAUUUGAAUUAAUUAACAUGUUUUUCAGUUCCUAAACUUUUAUCUCGUUUGGUGCUAAUAAUCCAUCCCCAGCAUCGACCCUAAACUUGCCGACAACAACUAAGUCAAUAGGUAUGUUAUUUUCAGUACUAUCCCAUUGCAGCCACAAGCCUGCAGAUAUAAUAUUGUUGGACUGCAGCAGCCUGCAGGAUAUAUUAGAACACAAGUAGCAGCAAACUGUGUCAAGAUUGCCGUGUCCCUAAGCUGCUUCCUCUUGCUUUUCUAGAUGAUGACUGCUGGUUGCAUAAAUUAAUUAACUAGGAAUCCUAAACCAAUUCAGCACCUGAUUGUUAUUUAUUUUUUCCAGCAACCACUUGAACCCUACACAUGGGGUGGUGGCAUUAUCAAAGCAAUGUUAUUUCAGUGCCGCAUUUAUCGCCUUUGAGAACACUUCCUGUUUUUUUCUUAAAAAAAUAGAGAACAAUUAUUUUCUUAAGCCGAGUUAGAUUCAAGAGACCAUCUGUGAAAAGGAAGGGUUAAAAUCGAUCUGAUGUGCGCAAGUUGGUGUUUCCAGCAUUAUGGCGUUAGGGGGAGGAGCUAAUUUAGUUGAGUCCAAGUGGAAUAAUAUUACUUUUCUUAUUCUAACUUUUACAUCAUCAUCAAAGAAAGCUUGGCACCACAGAUCAGCUGUCAUAAGAUAGCACCGUUUAAUUUCUAUCUUAGGUCCCCUGAACAGAUCUUAGCUUCCAGGAACCAUCCCAUCGCCCCCAUCACAGGAGUACUACAGAAAUUUGUUUAGGUAAUCAGCAAGAUUCUUCUCGCGAAUCGAUUAAGAUUGGGCAAUUUGCAUGCAAACAGCGCAACAGCACAUGGUAGCACCUUGCAUCAACACCACCUUUUAGAUAGUAGAUCAAGUAGUUUGUCUUUGUUUUUCUCCAUUAGGAUCUAAUUAUUCAAUUAAAGGCUGCUCGCAUGUUCCAGGGCAUCCCCGUUGUUUACGACUCAUGCCCUGGGUGUGCUCAAGAAAGAACAAAAUUAGCAGCCAACGUUGGAAGCUAGUUUGCCCUACAUGGAGUACCCGCUCCUGAUAAAUGGCUUCAAUAUUACUUAUGUAAAUGGUCUGUUUACAUAUCUCUGCCAGCCUUAAUAUAGGUGCAAAGGGUAAUUUAACAACUUUUGAAGGCUAAUAUAGAGUAAAGAAUCAUAUUCAUAUAUAUUAUUCUCUGCUCUCAUUGGUUCCAAAUAUUUGACCCUUUUGAUGCAACCAUGCAUACUGGGGGGAAUUCAGUUUUCUACUGAGGUGGAUAUUCUUUGGUAUCGGCAGUAUUUUGCAUUUUCUGACAAAGAAUGGAGUAUUUGAAAGUUGAACCAUGAUGUUUUAAAGCAGGUUCAGAAUUCGCCCAUUUGCUCCUCCCCUGAGCCUGAUUGAGGUUAGGAACUGCAUUGCAAAGAUGGUUUUUUUUGCAACAAUUUGAUAAUAGAAUAACACAACUGUCUUCUUCAUUCCAUAAAAAAGAAGAAAAUAAAUAAAAGAAUGGUUGGGUGAGCUGUUUGUUUGUAUGUGGAUGUGUUUGAUGCAAAUAAACUAAGCUUGACUGUUUGAAUCGUCCACCAGAAUGUCCACUACCUCUCCUAAUUCUGCAACAAAAUAAUGCGCGAGAUGAUGCGGCUACUUCUAAGCCACAACCUCAAUGGCUAAAAUAUUAGUAUCGUGUAAUGUUAUUAAAAGGACAAAUUGCUUCUAUUGAUAUGUGCUAAUUGACAGCGUAAUAUUUAGUAUAUUUAGCGAGCAAAAGUUAGCCUUCUAGAUGAUCCAAUAAAUAAUGUAUACUUUUGCUCGCUAAAUAUACUAAAUAUUCCGCUAAUUUUGUUAGAUCAGUAUACCACUAAUUUUGUUGCUAAUGUCAUGUUCCAACAGACUUUAUUAGCCCAUGAACAAGUGACAGUAAUAAACUAAUUACAUGUUACAAUUAAAAGGAAAGAAAAACCAUGAACAAGUGAGAAUGAUAAACUAAUUACAAGUUACAAUAAAAUGAAAUUGUGUGUUUCUGGCUUUCUGCCUUGCUGAAAAGUGAAAAUCACUCCCUGCUCCACUUGUAGCGGUGUUGCUUUAAGGUUUCUGUAUUUAAGUUUUUGGAAGAGCGUAGAAGCACCUCGCAAUUAGUCAAGUGCUUUUAGUUUUAUCAUUAUGCAAAGUUAGGAAGAAAUAUCUAGAUCAUGUCAUUUUCAACAGCUCUCAGAGCAUGUGUUUUCUUUCCAUAAGGUCAUUAGCAUAGUAAUUAAUAGUACUUAAUCAAGAGACAGUGACAGUAUUGUUUUCGUUGUUUUGUGCUUCUCUUUGUUGGGACUGCUUUGAAAAAGACUACUUGGUCAAAGUUUGGAUGAAGUAUUAUAAGCUGUUUAUUGAUUCCUAUGCUAGCCUGUGCCGGUGGGAUUGAUCUUGAUCCACCAAACCCAAUAUUGUGUAAUAAAGCUGUGCCUCCCUUUUUAUUUAACAAGUAAUAUAAGACCAAGCUGAGAGUCUUCAGAAAUGUAAAUAAAUGCGGAGCCAGGGCAUGAGCUAGCUGUUCUCUUGCACAUGAUUUGUAUUGAGGUUUGCAUUUGUUAUUCAGAUGUGGCGGGCUAUCUGAUGCCAAACUCAUUCCGUCAGCUCACUCCGUUACUUAUUACUGUCGGUUUGUUGUGCAUAGUUGAAAGAAAGCAUGAUAUGUAGUUUCUGGCUCUUUAUUAAUAUACUCUGUGACCGACUAUAGAAUAGCUUGUUCUAUGGUUAGCUCAUCCAACGUUAAAUAAUUAUGGUAACUCCUAAUCUAAAUUAUGGUAUAAUCGAUUUAUAGUAAAUUACGACAUACAAGAAUGAACAUAUCAAUUCUAGUAAGUCAACUAUGAUUCUAGUAAGUCAACUAUGGUAUGAUUAAUUAAUCUUGACAAUAAUUUUGUUUACUGCAAAGGACAGUAGUGCUUGUAGUAGUGCUUGUAGUUGGUGGGGAUAAACUUCAGAGGACUUCUACAGUUCUACCGUGCAGAACAAAUUGAAGGAAGGAUAAUAAAAUAAAAAUGCAUGAAGAAGAACAGCAGCGCCGUUAGAGUGAGCUCCAGAGGCUGCGACACGUGUUAACGUUGAAGAAUGCUCCUGCACCGUCGUUGUUUAAUGCUAAAUAAAGGUUGUCAGAGUGUCGUAGCGCAGGCUGCCAAGUUCCCCCAAGAAACGUCUCCACACUCCCUCCCUCCCUCCCUCUUCGUCAGUUCAGCGUCCUCUCCGACCUUGUCUCCUUCAUCAUCCUUGCCAUGGCUCUGGACUCUGUUCCUACUUAUCUCAGAGACUUGGGAUCCCACAGGGCUACCAGAACCCAGCAGCAAAGGGUCAGGAAAGAUGAGCGCACCUGGACCUCGGACACUUAUGCACCUUAUGACGACGGGCACCAGUGGAGGAAGUAUGGCGAGAAGAAGCUCUCUAACUCCAACUUCCCAAGGUUCUAUUACAGAUGCACCUACAAGAACGACAUGAAGUGCCCUGCCACAAAGCAGGUGCAGCAGAAGGACACCAGUGAUCCGCCAUUGUUCUCCGUCACUUAUUUCAACCAUCACACCUGCAGCACCAGCUCAAAUCCCUUAAAAGGAAAUGGAGAUACCGCAGCGCAGUCAUCUUCAAGAAAGGCAGUAUCAAUCUGCUUCAGCCCACACACCGCCAGCGAGCAACCCACGUUCUUGACAUCCUCGGCUCUGCCACAAUCCCCUAGCAUACAUUCUUACAGAGGCAAUCAACAACCAGAGAGGAACCCCUAUGCAAGCCAGUUUCAGUGGACAGACACAUCGUCACCUACAAGUAGCGGUCCGUUUAUGUUGGAGGUUGACAAUGUUUCAGGAGCAAGCGCUUCGUCCAGCAGCGCAGGUGCUCUGCCGAGGACAUUGCUGCCGAUCGGUCAGUCCAGAUGCAUCGAGUACUUCCAUUUCUUGUGAUGCUGACAUGGAAGAAGAAGGUUAUAUAGAUGCUGGGAGCCUAGGAGGCCGCUUGGUGCCAGUUUGGAGCGUCAAGUGCUGGGAGGCAACAUUGUUGUCCUGCCUGAACCACAGGGACCCAACCUACAGAUACCCAUACGGAUAUUACUGCCUUGUUGCUUAGUUACAUUCAUAUUCAAGUUACAUUUUUGUGCUUGAAUGAUGUGGAGAAUGGUAUUGGAGUUUGUUUUAUUAGCUACAUUUGUUUGUUUAGAGAUGAGACUGGUAUGGCUCGAAUUCCUGAAUCCUGACAGCAGGGUCCCUUGGUCAUUCUCUGCUACAACUGAAAUACUGAAGGUUACAGAUUUAUACAGUAAUAGUUUUAUUAAGAUGUGUUCAGUUUUAGAAGCAAGUUGGUUUCUCUAUCAAGAUAUUGUUAAGUUCAAAUAUUAACAUAAUACUUAUCUCUUAAAUAUC